CAAAUUGUGCCGAGACGAAGGUGACUUACAAUGGAGGCCACCUCUGCUAAAACCGCGCCUUCCGCUCCUACUGCAUCCGGCGACAAAAUGAACUACGCACUGCAAGUUGCCCUGCAGACGAUUAAGGAGCGUUGCAUCCAGUUGCAACGCCGCGUGACCAGUAUGGAGGAGGAGAACCAACGGCUGCGCGAGACCUCCGCAAGAUCAGAAGGUCUGGUGGCAAGUAGUGGAGUAGGUGCCGGGGACGUCACCUCUCUGCGAGCUCAGGUGGGCGAACUGCAGCGGCAAAAGGAGCAGCUGGAGGAGCACAUCAGCAUGGUGUCCAAUGAAAACAGGCGACUGUGGUCCCGCUUAUCCCAGUUCUCCAAGGACCAGCAGCUACAACCGGCUCCGCCCUCGCCUGACAUGCGUGCCAACAUAAACCAGAACCUUGUACGCUCCAAGACUUUCACACAGCACUCUCCCAAUCCUCACCUGCGCCAGAAGAUGCUUUCCGAUGGAAUUAGGGAUCUCAGUCUAGAGGAGAUCGCCUUGGAUGACUUUGUGGCUGGCGACUCCGAACUGGGCUAUCCCUAUGGCCUGCCCGGGGAAGAGACGUCCGCCAGUGAAUCAGAUGCCAACGUGGAUGCCAAACGAUGUAUGGACGGACUGCAGGAGAUGCGGCGAGAAGCGAUGAAGCAGCAGCAGGAACUUAGUUCGGCACUAACUCGCUUAGAGAGUCGCAUCGCUCUGCAACCCUGUCCGGACUGCGCCCAAAAGUCGGCCAAGAAGCCGGAAAUGGCUGACAAAAGCCUCGAGACGGACGAGAGUCUUGGCAACGAAAUAAAACACAACGGUCACAAUGUAUCACCUCCGCCCGUACAACGAAUUAACAUACUACAGGAAAAAAUAAAGGCGGAUGCAGCCGAUGCUAUGGAGAAGACCUGUCCUAUGUGCGGCAAGAUCUAUUCCAGCCAGGUGUCAUUUAACGCGUUCCGGGAACAUGUGGAGAUGCAUUUUAUCGAUACCCUGGAGGUGGAAGUGGACAACAGUGUUGAGCGGCAAUACGAGUUCGUAUCGCAUACUGUGGGCGACUUCUGACCCCGCAGACGCAUCUACUUUGCCACCGAGCUCUGACUUUUGUCAAAAUAGUGCUGCAAAUAUCUUAGUACUGCAGUUUGACUGCGUAGAACCGCGUGCUUGUUUAGCUGGACAUUGUUAUGUUUCCAUUAAUUAGGCGUGUAAGCGACAAAGCGACAUAUAUCAAAAUCCUUUUACAUUAUAAUCUUUCCAUAUACCAUGAGUGUGCAUGAAUACAUAGUGUUUAGUUACAGAAUACGAAAUACAGUUUAAAUAUAAAGACUAAAAAAUA